UGUGCACCCACGUGCAAAAAAGCACAAAGCACUUGAGCACCCUCUGACACGCAGAGGCCUACCUCCCAAGCGGACCCGUGGAUGGCAACAUGUCUGAUCCGGUCAAACCUCGGACUUCUUUCCUCAUCGAAGACAUCCUCUCCCUGAAAGACAACGGCGUCUUUGUUGAGAAAUGCUGCACGAGGGAAGAAUGGGAAGCAGACGCCCAAAAGUUGUCCGAGUCAACGUUUGUGGAGCACACAGCAUCUCUGGACGCAUCCUGUCCCGGCACGUCCGAGCCGGGCGCCUUCGCGUCCGUGGAAAAACCCAAACGCUCCCGAGCGGCGUUCACGCACCUCCAAGUGCUGGAGCUGGAGAAGAAGUUUAACCACCAGAAGUACCUGUCGGCCCCCGAGAGAGCCCACCUGGCCGGCGUGCUAAGACUGACCGAGACCCAGGUGAAGAUCUGGUUUCAGAACCGCAGGUAUAAAACCAAGAGGAGGCAGCAAGCGUCAGAGUUCCUCAAGGACACGUACAGAGCCGACGCACUGGACCCGGUGGUGUUGUUUGGCUCUUUCUGUCGGGCGUACCAGUACCGACCCUACUUGUGGGAUUACGGCGGGCCCUGCAGGCCUGCGUUGUGGUGAAGAAGAAAGGGGAAAAAAAAAAAACAUUCACUGACUAUGCCAAUUUGCUUUUUGAUUGUUGUGACCAUAAUAUGUUGAGAAUGAAAAAAAGUGUCAAAAUACUCCACGACGAUCAUUUUUUGUCAUUGUUGACAAAUAUUUCCCAGCUCUGGAAAUUUUAGAGAAAGGACCACAAGCUUGUUUUGAAAAUAGCUCACUAAAAAUGAGGCGUUGUGAUUUCCUAGGAAUGUUGUCCAAGUGAUCAUUUGAAAAGGUGAACAGUGAUAGAAAUAAAGUGUUUCAUUUUGAUAUUGA